AUGGAUGAUUUCAUUUAUCGAAGGGUUAUUGCCGUUCCACCAGCCCUUCUGAAUGCCUACGUCGUGGCUAUGGUCGGCAUCUUCGUGUGUUCUUGCUUCUGGAAUAUUCGGAGUCACGAGCGACUGACUGUCAGUGAGUCGGAAUUUCUUCACACUAAAAGCUGCCUGCUCAGGUUGGCAGCUCUGCGUCCAGGUCUUGAUGAUGCCUCUGGUGUUCUUCGACGUGCCAAGGUGGUUUGCCGCAGUCAUGACCUCCCUUGCCGCCUCGUUCGCCGAACAUGGUUCGAAAGAUCUUCCCUUCGAGUUUGAUGUGAUCUGUUUUUGGACAAGCAACUCUGGCGAUCGUAUGCGAAGGCUCAAUGUUGGCCGCUUUUUAUGCCAAACGUUAUGUUCUAAAUUUGACAAUGAAAAAGCUCGCUGACAUAUUUCAUUCUGUAAGUUUUACGCGUUCGAUUUUGAGUUUCUUCUCGUGUCUUAGAAGGUUUCAUGUCGAAUAAAAUCAAAGCUAAUUCAGCUGAGAACAUUUUUUCUCACAAUCAGAGACUGAGUUAUUACGGAAAAAGGUCAAAGUAAUAGGAAAUGAGAAAUUUGCCAUUUCAGUUACAACUGUACUGCUGUAAGUCAAUUUUAAAAAACAUGAACUUGGAAUUUUUCGAAAUAGUUUUUGAUCGGUAUUUCUCGUUCAGUUGAUGGACCUGGACCCGCUCAAGUACGACUACUUUAACACGAUACUUUUCGUAAUCGGCUUUUUUUUCGGUUUCAUAGCGCUCCUCAGCUUCAUUACCCGACUUCUGCAUGAAAGGUUUUCGAUAGGUCUGAUUUUUCUUUAUGAAGCUCUUCAAAUCGAAAUUUUCAGCUUGGAUCAUAAUUUUCGAGAUUGGUGUCAUUCUCACAACUAUCUCAUCGGGAUAUCUGGAACUGGGCGUCAUUUUGCUCAUAAUUUUUCAUUCUUUGGCUGUCAUAUCCUCCAAAUUAGGUUUGACUGGACGUUCGCCUCAACUUCUUGAAAUUUUUGGCAUUUCCAGGUUUCUUCUACCCUGUGAUAUUCUUCCUUCUGAAAAUGAUGGUUGCAGGAUAUUUUUUGAAAAAGUUUUGA